AUAUAUUUACGUACUAUAUUUUCUACAUAUGCAUGUGUACAAUACGUGUUUUUGCUGGGCAAUCUAUGAUAAACUUUAUCUGCAAGUCUUGCAAGCAUGCUUUUUGUUGUGUCCAACUCCAUAAACAUGCACGUUAUUGUCAAUGAUGAUUUUAGUUCAAUGAUAUUGUACCACAUACAAACCUUUUGGCGUGCUACUCUGAAUUAGGUGAUUUUAAUCUUGCCUUGAUCUUAUCUUUUGUAAAAAGUUUCUUUAUUACUGCACGAUUACUAGUUUGUAAUCUCUGAUUCCGGGACACUGGAAACAAUCAUUUCAACUGAGGUGUCUGCUAAUGUAUGUUGCGUUUCUGUUGAACUAAUCACAGAGUAUACGUACUUGCACAAUUUACGAUCGACGUUUUGUAAUGUCUUUGUUAAUGAUGAUGAUCUUAGCAGUAUAAAUGUUGCCAGCAUUAUGAGACGUUAUUAAAAGUUCAAGAAUUUAGUGGAACGUUUCCAUGGCAAAUAUAUUUCUUUUUUCGGAUAAAUAAAACUUUUAUGCCGGUUGAGACGUUACUCAUCGUGGUAUCUUUUGCAUUCAGCUCUUCGAGGAAAGAAAUCUUUCUGUUAAUAAGUGUCUUCUAUCGGUCCUACUGUAUGUAGUUGCAAAAUACCAGCUGAAGGGCAAUAAAAAUGUACUUAUAGUAGAUAUUCGAAUUAAGAAAAUUCAUGACGUUAAACCUUUUAAACAGAUGUAAUUUGCAAAGGCUUGUUGUCUUUGUGAAUUAGGAGGAACAGUUUUUGAAAAAUCAGUUUUUUAUUAACAAUAUGACUGGCGGGUGUGGAUUUUAAUCUCACACUGUUCACAAACUGUAUGACUUGCCAGUGGUGUUUUCCAUCUCAUAAAAGUUACAGUAUGAGUGGCCAGUGGUGUUUUCCAUCUCGUAAACAGUACAGUAUGACUAGCCAGUGGAGUUUCCUAUGUAGCUAAGAGAAGGUACAGUAUGAACAACUGGUUUGAGUAAUUGAUACCACGGAUGUGCUAAAUGAUAUCUCUCCAAGCAAACCUUUGACCCGUAUAGAAUGUUUAGCUAAAACAUGCGCAAAAUCCACAAUGGUUGAUCAAGCGCCAUCAAAACGUUAUUGUUUACGAUACUUUGAGAGUGAUGUGGGCAAAGCAUGAAGACCCGUCGACAAAAUGCACUUUAGUGUUCGCUCAACCCAAACAAGAUGAAAUAAAUAGAGGCGAAGUGAAUAUAAAAGAAAGUGUAUACGAAUGUGUGUCAUGUUUGGAUGAUGUUUUAUUUCCUCGCAACAAACCUUUAUUACCGUCUGAGUUAAAAAAACUCAACACUCUAGCUAUUCUAUUUUGUGUUUUGACUUUUCUCGUAGCAAUUUUUUUAGCUACGCUAAGCUACGCUACCUUUACUCACUCGAAAAAUUGUGGUAUAUUUGCUUUCGCUUUUGAUGCUAUACUACAAGCCAUUUCAUCAUCGCUGUUGAUUUGGAGAUUUUCAAUCUUCAUGAAUACAAGUUUAGAGUGUAAAGAGACAGUUUCAACAAUUGGUGUCGCUUUUGUUAACUCGAUUUCAGCCGUUUCAAUUAUUGUUACCACCGCUGGUUUGUUGUUGAGUGAUGAAAAGUCAUCUUACACUCGGAUUUCAAUGUUUGUAGCCUCUAUUGGAAUGGUGUUGUAUGGUAUUUUAUUUGUUGCGAAAUACAAACUAUCCAGGAAGCUGGGAAGUUCUGCGUUGAUGGCCGACGCCAUAGAUUCUUUUGGUGGGGCCUUGUUUGGUUUAGGUGUCGUCGUGUCAUCGCUUUUUAAACUUGUUACAGUUAAACUGUGGUUUCUCGAUGAUUUUGUUGCUUUGGGCAUUGCGUUUUUAAUGCUUUUUUACGCUGUAAUUCUCGUGGCAAGACAAGUUUCCAUGUGGGUAAAAAGCGAUGCUAGAUUAAACAGUUAAACAGAUUAAAGAUUGUGUGGAGUUGGAGUUUAUUUUUCCUGUAUAAGUGGCCUGUCUUAAAAAUACAUACGUAAUCUGAACUCACAAGGAAAACAUUUUGUCAAGGGUUUUACGUCUGAUUUUAAUCGCUGAUCAUCGGUAGAAAAUAUUACCAAACUCGACUUUAAAGCUUCGCCAUGCAAUUGGUUUGUUGAGGUCUUCUUUAUUAAUCAUAGCUGCAGGCUGAAAGAGAGCACAAAACGAACUUAUAUGAAAGUGAAAUAUGACAAAAAAUAUGUACGAUUCAUCGACUUCCACAAGAUCCCUAGCUUAAAUGACAAGCAAGUAUCAUUAAUAAGCUAUUUGCUUAACAAGAAUGCCAUUCAAAUUAUACGUUUCCCCUCUUUGGAAAAAAUUGUCAGAGAAUAUCGCAAACUAUAAUACAAUCAAAUCAAUUAUAUGUAAAAAUUGACAAAAAAUGGAUAAAUGGAUAUUAUUAUGGAUAAGUUAAGACUUUUUCAUGUGGCAACGUGGGUGAAUUACAGGCGCAAUUGUUAUUAGAAAAUGUACAUGAUGUCACAAAUAUAUUAUGGAAAUGAUAAUUAUUUUGAAUAAGGUUGCAACUAAAAUAAUAAGUUUUUUUUAUAGUAUAGUUUCCAUCGACAGUUUCAAUUAUGUCAAAUAACGACUAAGUCCAAUGAGGCAGAGAUGGAUUAAAUAAAACUUUGUAGUAGUUAUAACAGUACGAUUUACAUGACAUAUACGUUCAUAUAAGUUCAUAUAUAUUUAGUUAUUAUUGUAAUUUUUCUUGUAAUUUUUGUGAGAUAGUGCGCAUCUUUUAUCGUAAUUAGACUGGCGAAUACAA